UGGUGGCCACUGCGCAGACCAGUCUUCGCUCGUACUCGCGCGCCUCGCUCCGCUUUGCCUCCGCAACCAUGUCUGACAAACCCGAUAUGGCUGAGAUCGAGAAAUUCGGUAAGUCGAAACUGAAGAAGACAGAGACGCAAGAGAAAAAUCCACUGCCUUCCAAAGAAACGAUUGAAUAGGAG